AUGUUCCAGGAGCUGGGCAGAAGGAAGACUGCCUGCCCUGUCCACCAGGCCACUGGUGCAAAGCAGGUUGGAGUCUGGGAUAAUAGACACUACUGCUUUGGAAGUAAUGGCAGUGACCAAGACAGUCUGUUGGCACCUCAGAAAUGCCCUCCACAUACUUACCGCAAGCUCCCAGGAGCUCAGAGCCUGACAGAUUGCCAACCAUGUCCUCCAGGCUAUCACUGCCCUCUGUCAGGUCUAACCAGUUUUGAGGAUUAUCCAUGCCCACUGGGAUACUGGUGUCCUGGUAAAGGGGAUGCUUUCUUUUGUCCACCUGGCACUUCCAGGGUACACCCUGGUGCAAAAUCACUGGAAGAAUGUGAUCCCUGCUCAGCUGGCUACUACUGUCCAGACCCAGCACAGACAGGGCUGCCUAACACCCAAGGAGUACCUUGUGAACCUGGCUAUGAAUGCCCAGCAGGUUCAGUCAAUCCAAAGCCUUGCAGGCCUGGCUCAUACUGCAGUGCUCGCACAGCUGUGCCCUCCUUGUGCCCUGCUGGGUAUUACUGUCCUGAAGGCUCAUCAACAUACAAUAGCCCUGAGCAGCUAUGUGUGUUUCCCUAUUACUGUCCCCCAGGCAGUGCCCACCCACUGCCCUGUGAAGGAGGAUACAUGGCUCUCAGCUCGCCUGGGCCAAGGGAUUCCUUUGAGAAGUUCUGCAGAAUCUGUGAUGCAGGCAGCUAUCGUAAUGACUCUUUCAUCUCUGCUCCCUGUCAGCCCUGCCCAGCAGGCUUCAUCUGCCCACAAGGCAGUGAGACUUACCACAAGAAGCCUUGUCCCGUUGGCUAUUACUGCCCUCCCCUGGCAUCUGCCCCUCUCCCCUGUCCCCCGGGGACCCAUGGGAGCAACAACUUGGCCAAGCAUAUAGAGGAUUGUCAGGCCUGUCCUGCUGGCACCUUCAAUCACCUUCCUGCUCAGGCUGCCUGCUUUCCCUGUGGCAGCUCCUCUUCAUCACAGUCGGGUGCUACCAGCUGUACCUGCCAUGGGCUGAACCGGGCUUUCCAGCACUCAGAUGCCUCCUGUAUCUGCCAGGCAGGUUACAUUUACUAUGAUGAGCGAGGCAAGGAAAACUCUGACAGCAACAGUGAUCAGGACUGCCGACCUCAGGUGGACGAGCUCUGUGCUCCUGGAGAGAUCCGUUUAGCAUCUACACGCCGCUGUGUUUCUCCUGAGCAAUAUGACUGCUCUCCAUCUUGUGGGCCUGCGGGUGGAGAGGUCAAUGCAGAGCUGGGCAUAUGUCACUGCAAACAGUACAUCUCUGCUGAGGAGCUCUGUGACCAAAUGUGUUUGCUGAGAGCCCCACGGAUCUCCUUGGGAUUUGGCAUCAAGAGAGAGCUGUUUCUGAGGGUGGACGGUGGAGUCAGGGAAGUGACAAAUGUUCUGGGCCCAGAUGAACAUGUGCAGAAGAGCCAGAGGGUGCAUUUGGUUCUGUUUAAUCCCAGCGGAGUGCUAGGUUUCAUUGUCUCCAGCAUGGAUAUCUUGGAUGCAUUUCUCUCAGGAGAUUUUUCAUCAGAUCACUUGGAGCAGAAAGGUCAUCGAGUCCAGAGGGCUCUCUUCAAAGAUAUCCAUGCCUUGCCCCUUGUCCCUAACCCAGUGGUAUGUUUGGAAGCAGGAGACACAAUCCUUUUUCAGCUUAGCAUCAAUUCUCACAAUCGUGCAUCCAGCCACUACCCUGUUUAUCAGAAGCAGCAUCUUUAUAACAGCAACCCUAGCUGGGAUUAUGGAGCCUUCCGAAGGCUGGACCACCUCAUCCAGGAGACUCACCUCAACAUCUCCUGGUUUGCCCAUGUUUUCCUGGAGUCUGGGACAUUUGUAUUCAGGGAUAAGACCAUUCAGGAGCACUUUUUGAUUGUGACUGUGAACGAAGCAAAUGUGGGCUGUGACCCCAGAGAUGUGUCCUUCCAGCCCUCUUCUCUGUUCCAGCUGGCCAGACAUGGGAUUUUGAAGCAGCAGGAACUGAACUUAGCUCCUAACUGGGCUUCCAUUAUAGCGGUGCUCUUCAUUCUGGGCUUCCUAAUUGUGCUGCUGACAACCCUGGCUAUUGUGCUGCAGCCCACUGUUCCUGUCCUCAGUCCUCUGAGGAGCUGGAAGCCACGAUGGAGGAGCUUGGGUGAGCCGCACAUCCCACCAGAAUACAUCCUUCUUAAAGAAAGCCUUCUGUACUAUCAGAUGCUUGGUCCUCGUGGUUCUGGAGGAGAUGCUGCCUUUGGAGAAAAAGGAGCUGUGCGUAAUGAAGAAGGAUGUUGCGCAGUGAAAGACCUGGAGGAUUUCAGUGUUCGCACUCUGUACGAUAAGUUGGAAGAUCAGAAUUUGCACCUGGCAGCUCAGCUGGCAAAGCACAGGAGGGAUGUGUUGGUGUUCUACAAUGGAAUCAGCCAGCAGCUUCAAGGUGCACUGCAGCAAGAGGCAAUGGAAUUGAUGAAAGCAUUGGAAAUCCUGCUUGGGAGAGCUCAGCCUAAGAACACGAAACAAGAGAUGGAGCAGCAGGUCCAUGGACAGGACAUGGUGGCAGUUUUACCCUCACUGCACAGUGAAAGUAAAGCAAAAGUAGUGGAAGGGCAGGGUUAUAAGCUGCCUGAGCAAGAAGAGCUCUUCCGUAGGAGGGGUGAUGUCUUCAGCUUCCCUGUGCAUGAAGAAUGCGAGAAAUGCUUAAGAGGCAAUUCCUCAGAGGAUAUGAGGAGUACCCUCAUCCCCAUGGAUCCAGCCACUUUGUCACCUCACCAGUUUGUGGUGUACCGCUUUGGCUGUGCAGUGGUGCACCUGUUAACCAAGGCCUUCUCAUGUCCUGCUUUGGUGCUCAUGCUGGCUCAGUCCAUUCCUGCCCAAGGUCCAGAUCAAGCUCUUCUCCCAGGCUUCGGAGACUCCUACUACGAUGCCAUUAAUAAGAACCUGUAUGUGCAUGCAGCAAGGCUGGAGGAUGCUGGGGAGCUUAUUGCUGUCCUCCUGAACACUGUGGCAUGGAUUGCAGCAGGUUGUCCCUCAGCUGGCGCUGCUCAUUCCUGCUUUAUGAUGGAGCUCAACAGAGCUAUUGUGGUUCUCGCCAAUGCCUUCUUCCAGGUUUCAUGGGGGAUAGCAGACAAGGACCCCUCAGCCUCAUCUGAUUGCUUUGACAUUCAGAAAGUGCUCAAAGAACUUCUGAACAUCAGAGUAGCACCACAUCCCCGUGUGAAGGGAAAAGCCCUGGGUGAAAGGGUGUCUGGACUGCAAAAGUACCAGUGCCUUCAUCUGCAACAGGGGACCCUAGACAGGAUGGGAAAUUCACAGAGAAGUGACUACAGGAGAAAUUCAGACUCCUCUUCUGCUAAGCUGGAGGUUACACAACUGGAGGAGAGGCUGGAUGAACUAAACGAGGCGUUUGUUGAAUUGACAGUGCAGGCCAUGAGUCUGCAAGAAGAUGGGGAUCUGUUGGAGAAAGAGCUGAGAACACAGGAGGAGUCACUUGUGACUGCAAGCAAGAAAGAAGCGUGGGGAGCUCAGCAGUAUUCUGAAAUGUUAGAUUCUUGGGCCACAAAGAGGGAUGAAGCCUUGCUGCUGGAAGUAGAGAGGAACUGCAUUGCUCAGAGGAUCGAAGAGAUAGAAGCCCAGCUAUUGCAUCUUCAAAGUACAGCAGCCAGCAGUUCACUUCCUUGAGGAACCUAAUUUAAAAGGCAAUGGCUACAGCAUUGAUGUGUAUGUAAUUAGAGAGGCACAUGAUCAAUUAUCUUGUGGAUAAUUCAUAUUUGUUGGGUUUUUUAGUUGAUUGAAGUAUACUAAUGCUCAGCUAUCAAUAAUGUGUAGGCAUGAGGGAUAAGCUGAGGUUCUUAACAUUUUUCACUAAUUUUAGAAUUUCUUUUUUAAGUCAGUAAAGCAGAAAUGAUGUGAAGCCACUAAUGGCCCCUACUUAAUGUGUUCUGUAUAGCCUCUGACAUCUGACAUCAAGGGUAUUUUUGAGGAUCUUUUAGGUACAGUUUAGAGCCUUACUUCUAAGCCUUGCCCAGCAACUCCACACUGCUAUGCAUGUUUUCGGUGUAAUCUUACUGAUCUCAGUGAGGUGUGAGUACACUUAAAUUAUUCCCUGUAGUGAUGACUGCAGCAAUUUGUGUAGCUUCUGGUAUAGCUUCCUGCUCCAUCUCUUUCUGCACAGCUUUCCUUAGUUCCAGGUGAAGUAGAACAACAUAAAAUUGCUUGACUGUGAGCCAGUACAAUGCCUGGGCAAACCACACAGGUAGGCUUCAGCCAGCUAUUUCCAACAACAAAGCCAGUUCUCUUUUCAUUCUGCAGUAUUUACUGAAUUGCUUAUGCGUGAAGAAACUUGUGUACCUGCUCUUUCCUGGUUCCUAAACACAAAUCUGUCCUUACUCAUUCUCCCUUAGCAGAGUGUAUUAAUUAGAGGGUGAGACUUCAGUGCCAAGGAGCCCAGACAGAAGCCCUCGACUCUGGUCUCACUUACUGGUGUCUCUGGUGGAUCCAGAGGAACUUCAUGUUCUUUUUCUCUCACCUUCUCAUUUUGCUGUUUACAA